UGCUUCCACAAAAACAAAACGGCAGCAGUACAGUUUGUUCCUUUUUCAUCAUGCUUGAUUUUUCAGGGGUUGGAAUGAGGAGGAGAUAGGACCAACUGUGGAAGGAAUCCAUCCCCGAAGAGAAUGAAGGGCUGUGGGGUUGUCAGGAGUGCAUUUUAGCCUAAGCAGUUAGCAGUAUGUGGCCAUGAGGAAGAAGCCUCUAAAAAUAACUGGUGAGCAGAGUCUGCAGUCAGGUCCAAUUUCAGUUCUGGAGCCCUUGGCUGGGCAGGGUGGGCCAGGCAAAGCUCUAGGAGGGAAGGGCAUGCAGUGUGCCUGAUAACCUGCUGGGAGCAAUUGGAGUUUUUUCCUUCAAUAUACAUUAUUCAUGGACUGAAGAAAUCAAAAUGGCUGAAGAUACAGAGACAAAGCAUGGAGGACACAAGAACGGGAAGAAAGGUGGACUUUCUGGAAGCUCCUUUUUCACGUGGUUCAUGGUCAUUGCAUUGCUGGGAGUGUGGACAUCAGUAGCUGUCGUGUGGUUUGAUCUUGUUGAUUAUGAGGAAGUUCUAGGAAAACUAGGAGUCUAUGAUGCUGAUGGAGAUGGGGAUUUUGAUGUGGAUGAUGCCAAAGUUUUAUUAGAAGGACCUGGUGGGGUAGCCAAGAGAAAAGCUAAGGCUAAAGUUAAAGAACCUACUAAAGAAGAGCUCAAGAAAGAAAGCGGGAAACUUGUGUCAAGGAAGGAGAGCAAGAAUGAAGAGAGAAAAAGAGGGAAGAAGGAGAAGGAGGAUGAGUGGAAGGAUAAGAAAAUUGCUGAUUCAGGUACAUCCAGAAAACAGUCUCCUAGAGGUAAAAAGGACAAAGAAAAGGAGAAAUUAGACCCAGAUAAAUGUGCUAAAUCCAAGGAAAAUAAGAAAAAAUCACCAAAUACGAAGGAUGUUUGUAAUAAAGUGGCAUCCAAAGACAAAGAUGACAGAAAGGAAAGAAGUUUUGCCAGGCAUGCACACUUGGCCAAGGGAAAUAACCAGAAGAAAAAGAUCUGAAGCUCUUGUGUCAUCAUCCAGAAGGGGUAACAUUCUUGAUUACUAUUUUCUGCUGACAGGCCUAGACAACUUAGCAUUGCUCUGGUUGGGCAAGAUUUAUACAUUAACCAUUGAAUGUACUUAUUGGUGCUCAAUAAGUCAGUUCUUUGAAAUUAAAAUAUACUGUGUUUUGCUUCUAAAUUUAAAAAGAUGAAGUUUUUAAAAUACAAAAUAUGUAAUAAUUUCUAGUUUUAUUUAUUGAUUCUUUUCAGAAAAUAUAUAUGUAUAAUAUGAAUUCUGAUGGGUUUAUUAAUCUAUUAAAUAUUUUUGUUGGAAUUAAGUAAUAAUAUUAAGAUGUUGCAUACUGUAUUUGCAGAGUGACACAACUUUCAAGUACCCUAAGUACCUGACUUGAUAAGUACUUACCUUCUUUCUCUAUUUGCCCUUUUUUACUUUCCUCCUUUCUUUACCUAUUUUUCCCUUCUAUUUCCCUCCUUUCUCUUCCCCUCCUCGCUCUUCCCCUACCACCAGCUUUUCUCUGGACAGCACCCUAACUAGUUUCAUGUUAGGAUACCUUUACAGAUUCAGAAUGCUUAUAAAAAAGACUUUAAUUAUUUCACUUUAAGAUGAAUUUUACAGGAGACUAUUUUAUUCAGGUAUUUUGUUUGAAUGGCAUGUAUUUUUAAUAUUUGAUUAUAAUUAUUUACCAUUUCUAAAGAAUUGGAAAUUUGAGGCCAGAACUUUGCCCAUCAGAAGAUACUGAAUAAAAUGAAAUUUUAAUAAGAAAUACAUUUCUACAAAUGAUGUGUACCAUUCUGUGCAAAAAGUUUUUAAUCUUUAAAUCUCUAUUUUUGAUUACUAAUUUUGUAACCUGAUAACAGAAUCAAAAAUAGUAUCAAGAAGAUCUUUUUAAAAAAAUAAUUCUUUACCUUUUCUGUGAAGAGCUUAGCAAUAGAGGUUUUUGGCCUAAAGAUAUUUCAGACCAGAAUUGAGUACUGUUAAGUGUAAGUAUUUCUAAAAGUAUUGUGUACCUUUUUUCUUAUAAGCCAACAACCUUUACCACUUAAAGUUUAAUUCUUACUCAUGUAGUUGUCAAAAAUUCUAGCUUACAUAAUAGAAUUCUGCAGCAAAGGAAGAAUCCUAGAAGACAAUCCAAUUUCUCUGUCUGAGCCAAUCCUACCAUUUUGGGGGGAGGAGGGUUAAGGCCCAAAGUAAUUGUACCAUAGAAUAAUUUAAAGUAUCAUAUUUUGAUUACCCUGGAUUUUGCUGUUGUUUUCAUAGAUGAUCAGAACACAGUAAACCAAAGGGAGUUUCCUUUGGUUAGCAAUUUGAAGGACUGUGGCUUGUUCUUUUCCCAAAUUAUCUCCCCCCACCCUGCCCCACUCACCCCCAGAAGUACUAUGGCUUGAACUCAUUGCCUUGGGCUUGGUAGGCAGGUACUCUGCCACUUAAGCCAUACUCCCAGCCUGUUUUGCUCUUAGUUAUUUUUUCAGAUAGGGUCCCUUAAUUUUACCACCAGCCUCAGACUGCUGUUCUCUUACCUAUGUCUACUACGUAGCUGGGAUUAUAUUUAUGUGGCACCACUCAGCUUAUUUUUUGAGAUGGGGAAUUUUUCUAUCUUUUUGCUUGGGCUGGCCUCAAACCUCUAUCCUCCCAGCCUCUGCCUCCAAAAUAGUUGGGAUUACAGGUGUGAGCUAUUGCAGUGGGCCUCUUUCCCCAUAUAUUAGCUCUAGUGGUUUCUUUCAGCAUUAUUUCAUCUGCAUGAUGAAAGUUCCUCAGCAAACUGCAGACACAUCUUUGUAGUUUCUGGGAUGGGUCUGUGCAGGAAGUCCCUGGGAGAAUUUCAGCUUGCUUGGUAUGGUCUGGUGUACAUGGGAAUGUUUUUUGUAGUUACUCCUCCCAUGCUUGCUCAAAGUCUUGGGGUGGGGGUUGCACGGGCCCCACCCAAGCUGUUUGAAAUGUUUCCCACAGGAAGGGGGCCUCUGGGACAAGAAGAGGGUGUAUUUGAGAACUGGACAGAAGCAAAACAAAUACCCACCACAUGUAAAAGUUGCAAGAUUUUCAAAAUCCUGAUACUAAAUUAUACUGCUGAGAUAAGUGGAACGUUGGUGCAUUUUCAGUUUCAGUCAUUCUUUUAUUUAUUAGGAAGAUACUUUUCUAUGCCUUCAUAUUGUUGCCUAAGGAUAAUUCAAGCCAGAAGGACCUUUUAAGUCAACUGAAAAUAAGCUAUAAUUCUGUGUAGACGGGAAUCACAGAAAGCUUGGGGAACACCUGAAAAUGAAAGCUAAAAACUAAGAUUUUUGUCCUUUCCCUAAUAAUAUUUUGAUUUAAGUUCUCUUACAAGAUGAUACUUAGAAAUUUAAAUGACAUUAUUGGCAGAACUUCAUUUGAAUUUUGUUAUAGUAGAUCACAUUUUAGUAAUGUAGUCAUUCUAAAGACAGCUUUACAAAAAUAUUUGAGAGCUUAUCAAUUUGUUCAAGAAUUUUUUAAAAACUUAUUAUUCAAAUUCUUUUGAAGAACUUAUGUCAUUACUGAAUCUUUUCUUCUUUGUUAGGAUAUCUGACUCGUGUCUCAUUUGUUAGUAGCUUUGUGUGUGAAUUUGCUUAAUUUCUAAAAAUAUCAUUUCUAAUCGAGUUUUCAAUACAUUUUUUUCAGAAGGUUUUCAGUGUUCCUUCAUGGAUGGUUUAUAUUGUAUAUAGAUGAUCCUCUUUAUGUCUGCCUGUGAGGAAGAGAUGGUAAAUUAAUGGACAUAUAUCAGUCCAUUGCUUGAGUUACUCCAGGAAGACUAUUGGAGUUAAUUCUGAAAGUGCUUGGAUAGAGGGUACUUAUAUUAUUAUGACCUAUUUAUACAUGCAACUUCAGCAGUUCUCAUAAUGAUUACUUGGAUAAUAAGGACUCCCUUAGAUACCUCAAUUAAAAAAGAGAGAAAAGAGUAAGUUUUAAGUAAACUGUAAAGUGGUCAUUUUCUAUGAAAUGGGUCUGGUUAGUGACUUAGCCUAUUGCCUUCUAACAUGGGUUCCUUUCUCCUGUGUCCUCAUUGGUUCCUUCUCCUGCAUGUUAAUUGGUAACAUUUUCAGAAUUGAUUACUUGGAUUAUUUCACUAUAAAAUAGGUCUUGGAAAUGGUUGUUUUCAUUUGUAAGUUGAAGUUAACACCAGUCCCUCAAAGUGGUGUGAGAACCAGCUGCUGUUGCAUAGGUGUACGGAGCUGGCAAUGGUGGGCAUUGUCUUUUGUAGAAUAAUGAUAAUAAGUGAACUGUGGUGUCUCAGCAGUUAAAAAUUUGGAAGCACUGGAGCAAUGAUCAUAUUUCUGCUUUUGUUAACAGAUUAG